UCCGCCGUAACGCCGCUGUAGGAUCAUCCCAAGACAAUGCAUUGGUAGCUUGACUACCCAUCGGGACGCGACGUAGUACUGUACUUGACAAUGCAGUGGUAGCUUUCCCGUCCUACCUACUAGGUCUGACUGUACCCUCAGUCGAUCGCCAAAGGCUCAGGGCUCAGGACACAGCGUCGCGUUUCGAACACCACCUGCGAGGUGCUAGUAACGAGAUGUUCUUAACAAUGUUCCUACCCCGUCGGGCAAAACGGCAACUUCUCCUCCUGCUCGUUUUCCUCUCCCUCGCAGCAACCCGCCUUGCUCCCGCCUUUGACGAGGACUCCCCUCCACCACACGAUUCACCGCCAUCAGAAGUAUCAACGGCCACUGUUUCCGAACCUGAUCCGAAGCCUGAUGCUGGGUCCGACUCCAAACCUGAUCCCUGUCCAUCAAGUGAGUGACGGUUCUGUUGAUCCGACAACAGGUUCCGGAUUAAUUCUUCUGCUAAACGGGACCCUGGGGUGGGGUUACCCUAUGACUCCUGGGAGGUUGUUUUUGAGGGAUUGUUUCUGGGGAAUUGUUUUUGGGGGGUUGUGUCUGGCGAACAUUUCAUGACUCUUUCCCCUCAUCUCCCUUAUCAGCUCAUCGUUGCCCCAUCCAUCCAUGGGUGUGUAUACCCCUUCCCCAUCCAUGGGUGUGUAUACCUCUUCCCCAUCCAUGGGUGUGUAUACCUCUUCCCCAUCCAUGGGUGUGUAUACCCCUUCCCCAUCCAUGGGUGUGUAUACCUCUUCCCCAUCCAUGGGUGUGUAUACCUCUUCCCCAUCCAUGGGUGUGUAUACCUCUUCCCCAUCCAUGGGUGUGUAUACCCCUUCCCCAUCCAUGGGUGUGUAUACCCCUUCCCCAUCCAUGGGUGUGUAUACCUCUUCCCCAUCCAGGGGUGUGUAUACCUCUUCCCCAUCCAUGGGUGUGUAUACCCCUUCCCCAUCCA